AUGGGUGAAUCCUUGGAUUGUAACAAAUUGUACAAAAAGGAUCACAUCGAAGCAAAUCUCUUGGAUGAGGAGAAAAGCAGUUCUCGUUAUAGAGGACUUCCAGUAAAGACCAAAACAAUCUAUGAAAACUGGAAGGUGUUCUCCAAGGAAGGACAUCUGAUGUUCAGAUGCAACUACAAGAAGGCUCAAUGGUACCUCACCAGAGGAUUGGCUAAACAGCUAAGUGAUGAUUCCAUUGGAUUGAAAUUCCAACCCAAAGGACUUGGUCAUCACGGAGAUAGGUAUCAUCUAGAAGAGAAGAUGAAUAUCUGUGUGUGUUGUGGAGCCAGUCAGGAUUUGACUAUGCACCAUGUCGUCCCGGAAAUGUACAGAAAAUAUAUGCCAACUGCCAUUAAGUCUCAUGCGAGUCACGAUGUACUUCCAAUGUGUAAGGCCUGUCAUACACUAUACGAAAGUAAUGCAUUCGAGUUCAAACAAAAAAUAUCCGCUGAAUAUAAUAUUUCGCUGAAUGGGAGAGGAAGAAUUCCUCUUCCACAUAACAGAAAGGUGAAAAAGGCCGCGUCCGCACUGUUAAGGCAUAGGCAAAGUUGCAAAGACUUGGUGAACAUUACUGUGAGCGAUACUAAGAGGAACGUAAAGCUUAUUCCGAGAGAAAGAAUAAAAGAGUUGGAGAGCAUCGUCCUUCAAUGGUGGAACCAAAUGGAACGCGACUCGUUAUCGCCUCGUCAUGAUAAUGCAGACAUAGCACAUAGCUCAAUUACUAUUCGACGUUUGGAUGACAUGUCUGAUAUUCCUGACUCUGUUCUUGAGAUAGCUGUCCAAUUGCUUGAUUAUCGAUUAUCAGACGAGUUUAUCGAGCACGGAAAAUUCGUUGUGAGUGAACUAAUGAGAAAUCGUCAAAGCGUCGUGGUUACUGAGAAUGGCAGAGAAAUAUUUGAUGAGACGAGACAUGACUUAGCUGACAAAAGAGAUCAUUGGCCCAAUUUAGAAUCUUUCGUUAUUAAAUGGAGAGAGCAUUUUGUAAAACACACAAACCCUAAGUUCUUAUCAGAUAAAUGGAAGAUAGGUGACUCUAUUUAUACGAAUGUAGUAAAUUAUUAA